CUCUAUAUCCUGUCAUUAAAUUUCAUGACACUACAAGACAUUUACGAUUACAAUGUUCAUCAUAAUAAUCCGUGAUGCAAGAUGCGGGCCCAAUGCGGGCAUUUAUAGGGAUUUCUAUUGAAGGAUAGUUAUCUUGAGCUCUUGAAUAAGAAAUGAUCACCGGUUAUAAAUUUGUUUUCACCAUUAGCCACAAUGAUAUACAUAGUAAGGAAAUGGUAUCACCGUGAUUGAUGGUCAUUUGGUCUGAUUUUUUUUUAACUGAUUGCUAAGAAAGCAUGAAUGCUUGUAAGCGAGCAACCAGAGGACCGACGGCUUAAGGUCCUCUCCGAAAGACCUGGUACUGGGGAUUAAUGCCUUACCAUCAUCACAGCGGAGAAUAUCAACCAACCUUUUCUCAAAAUUUCUUGCAUUCGUCGGGUUGCUUACUUUCAAGACAUUGUGGAGAUAUCGUUGACAAUUUGAUAGGACCCUUCACUGGCUAUUCAUGCAUGUGUGAUAGAACUUUGAACAAAGACCGAUUCCCUCUGACAGCAGGAGCUAGUUUCAGCAAACAAAUUAAGAAAGGAAAGGAGAAAAUACUCUCAUAUUCGAAUAUGAUGGAUUUGUUUGUUCUUUUUUCUCUUGAGUUAACGAGACCCAACUUUUGCAACAUACAGACAUACUCUUGGUUGAUCCAAAUGAUUCCAGGAUUCUGCUUAGAAAAAAAAUAUUAUCACAAUAGGCUUAAUGUCCUCUGUCUCGUACUUCCGAAAUUAACUAAAUCAAGUGGUGCUUCAUGCUACUAGUUUAGAAUACUACCUCUCGCUCGAGACACGAUUAUUCGCCUUUUAUUCUGAAAACGAAUCAAUAUCUUGCUCUGCAAUGGCAAAAGCGGGAAUGUAUCUUUUUUUCUUCGCGUUCGUUGCUUGCCGGACGAAGAAGCAAUGCUGUACGGAAAGUAAUGGUGAUGAAGGUCUCGCCAGCAAUCCGUUAGGGCUGGAGAGUGGGGUUAUUCCAGAUUCAAGUUUUACAGCUUCUGGGAAUUAUAAGGCAAACCAGGCCCCUUGGAGGGGGCGGCUAAACCUAAUAGCGGAUUCAAAUGGGGCCGGAGCCUGGGUUCCUAGAUCAAGUUAUGCCGACCAGCAUGGCCAGUGGAUUCAGGUUGAUCUGUUGGCUACGUACCGCAUCACCGGAGUGGCAACACAAGGUCGUCAAGAUUACCCUCAGUGGACAACUAGCUACAUCGUUUCCUGUAGCAUGGAUGGUCUCGUAUUCAAUACAGUGAAAGACCCUGUCAAACCUAACUCUGACAAAAAAUUCCCUGCCAACAAUGACCAAAACACUGAAGUGUUUAACCUGUUACCUGAAGAUAGGAUUUGCCGUUACGUUCGCCUACAACCUGUUACAUGGUAUAGUAAAAGUGCCUUACGAAUUGAGCUUUAUGGAAAAGGACCGAUAGAAGUCACAGCAACAAAUCCAACAACGGAGGAAGUGACAAUUACGACCAAGCCCACGACGACAACUUUGCAACCUGAAGCAAUGACAACACGCACAGACAUGGGACUCGUCUUUACACCCGCUGCGACCCGGCCUGGGGCCGUGCCUUGACACCUGAACUAAAGACUGCUGCAAGCUUGAGCACGUCAGUUGAAUUGACAACACCUGAUGGAUUUAGGACACCUGAUGAAUUGACGGCACCCGAUGGAUUGGCGACACCCG